CAAUGUAUACGUAAGUCUGAAGGAAGGGAAGUGGGUAAGGGUAUUGUAGUCGAUUAUUUAAAGAUGUUUAGAAAAAUCCAAUUGCAAGUCCUUGUUAUUUUCAUAUUUGGAAUACAUUUGAGUAUUCAACAACUAAUAACAGGAUGCGACACAAGGCCAGCAGAUGUCAUAUUCCUACUUGACAGCUCUGGUAGCGUUGGAGGAAAUUUUAACACAGAAAAGCAAUUCAUUGUAAACUUUACACAGGCUGUGCAUAUAGGACCUAACAAGGUUCAAGUGGGUGUAGUCAGAUAUGCAUUCAAUGCUGCUACAGAAAUAAGUUUAAAUGACUAUAGUUCUGAAGGACCUUUACGACAAGCCAUAAACAAUAUACAAUAUGUACCUGGAGGUACAAACACGGAUUCUGCUCUCAGACAUAUUUUUUACAAUGGUUUUACAUUCCAAGAAGGCGAUAGAUCUAGUGUUCCUAAUUUUCUAGUGGUUAUAACCGACGGAUUUUCUUACAAUGCUGAUGCAACAAUAAAGGAAGCAAAUAGACUACAUCAAUACAUGACAGUUUACGCAAUCGGAGUAGGCAACAGCAUUGAUAUUAACGAACUCGCACAUAUAGCAACUGAUAGAAAUCAUGUGUUUAUCGUUCCUGACUACCAUGCUUUACACACACUACAGACUGAACUCCACCCAAUAGCAUGCAAUGGUAUGCAAACAACGACACCACCAACAGUACAAACAGACUCUUGUUCUAGUUCACCGUGUGUACAUGGUCGAUGUUUCCAUGAUCCUUUAAGUUAUGUAUGCCUUUGCCAAACAGGAUACAAUGGCAAAAACUGUGACAAAGAUGUAUGCAGUAGUGCACCGUGUCAGAACGGAGGAAAAUGUUACAAGAAUGUUGCAGACUAUGUGUGUGUAUGUAAUAAUGGAUACUUUGGUAAAAACUGCCAGACAGGUAAAAUCAUUCUACUACUCAAACACCAGAUAGCUGCAGUACAGCUCCAUGUCAGAAUGGUGGGACUUGUUUUGCGAAUGCCGCUGACUAUGUGUGUAAGUGCAGUAAUGGUUACAGUGGCAAAAACUGUCAAACUGCCCCGACAGCCCAACCUGGGUUUUGUGCCAGUCAUCCUUGUCAAAAUAAUGGAAGAUGUUUUGAGAACAAUCAAGGAUUUUUCUGCGAUUGUGCCGCAGGCUAUAACGGACAGACUUGCAGUGGACAAACCAUCUCAACUACCUGGAUUCCUAUCCCUGCUGUAAUAGGAUGAUGAAACGAAUGGUGCAGGAUCCAAAUCUUAUUCAAAAUAAAAUUUGCAGAGACAGUGAAA